CCCAUGCUGAAUGAAGAAAAUGCUAGUUGGACUGGGAACCACUGGUCUGGAAAAAGGUCAAGGGUUUCUUGUGUGGGGGUGUUGUGGGGAUUUGUUAAUUCUAAAUUAGUAGAAAUGCUUUAUUUUCGCUUUAACUUCCUCCUUCCCCUCUUGCAGGUGGGGAACCACAUUGAUGUGAUCACUGCCAAGUGGGUGGCCCAGGAUGCUGGCAUUGGGGCAGGAGUGGACUCCUACUUUGAGUACCUGGUGAAAGGAGCCAUUCUCCUGCAGGACAAGGAGCUGAUGUCCAUGUUUCUGGAAUAUAACAAAGCUAUCAAAAAUUACACCAAGUUUGAUGACUGGUACCUGUGGGUUCAGAUGUACAAAGGAACAGUGUCCAUGCCUGUGUUUCAGUCCCUGGAGGCCUAUUGGCCAGGCUUACAGAGCCUAAUUGGGGAUGUGGAUAAUGCCAUGAGGACCUUCCUCAACUAUUACACUGUCUGGAAGCAGUUUGGGGGGCUGCCUGAGUUCUACAACAUUCCCCAGGGCUACACAGUGGACAAGAGAGAGGGAUAUCCACUCAGGCCUGAGCUGAUUGAGAGUGCCAUGUAUCUGUACCGUGCUACAAGAGAUCCCACGCUCCUGGAACUGGGAAGAGAUGCAGUGGAGUCAAUAGAGAAAAUCAGCAAGGUGGACUGUGGAUUUGCAACUGUGAGUGCUAAAUCAUCUGCUAAAUCAGCUAAAUGGCUGCUGAAAAUCAGCUUUUAGAAGGUGUUCUCAUUAACUGUGUUUUCCCAUUGAGUUAAGUGGUCACUUUGGUGGAAACAUGACUUCUUUUUCAAAAAAGCCCCUUUUAUUUCUCUGGGAAGCUGAUCUGGUUGUGUUUCCAGUAGUAACUUCCCUCACAGUGUGAACAGUGGGCCAAAUUCUGUCGUGGGCUGUUGCACCAGAGCCCAAAACACUGGAAAGCAUCAGAAGCUUCUCCUGCAUCCCAACCAGGUGUAGACCUGAGCAGGAAGGUUCAGGGGUAGGAACCUGCCUGCCACGUUCAUGUGGGAUCCUGCUUUCCCACUAUGCCUUGAAAAUCUGAUCAAACACACAAGAACUGCAGGGAGUGAUUUCUCUAACAUCAUUUAAUGGGGAUUUCAAACAUACCAUCAACUACCACCACAUACUUUUACAAAAAAUAUAUAAUGGGAAUUAGGUCUUGUGAUUUGGAAAGUAGGUAAAAGCCUUAUGAUUUUUUUUUUUUCUUUAGUAGGGGAAAUGAUGGGAAGCUCUUUUCCUUGCCCAAACUGAGUUGGCAGAGGGCAAGUUUAGAUGUUAGAAAGAAAUUCUUCCCUGUGAGGGUGGGGAGGCCCU